AUGGAGGUAAGCAUUUCUGAGAACAAAUUUGAAGCUAUGCUCAAGAAGUAUGGUGUGCAUCAUAGAGUGGGACUUUCAUAUCAUCCCCAAACUAGUGGCCAAGUGGAGGUUUCUAACCGUGAGAUCAAAAUUAUCCUGGAAAAGACGGUUGCGAGAACGCGAAAAGAUUGGGCUGCUAAACUUGAUGAUGCAUUAUGGGCUUACAGGACAACAUUCAAGACCCCUAUAGGUACCACCCCCUAUCGUCUUAGCCUCAAUUUCAACUCUCAAACGGUGGGUGAGAAGAGACUCCUUCAACUUGCUGAGCUUGAUGAGCUUCGUCUUGAUGCUUAUGAGAGUUCUAGAUUGUACAAGGAGAAAACUAAGCGAUGGCAUGACAAAGGAAUAGUGCGCAGAGAGUUCAAGGAAGGGGAUUUGGUUCUUCUUUUUAAUUCUCGACUGAAGCUAUUUCCUGGUAAGCUUCGUUCGCGGUGGUCCGGUCCCUUCAAGGUUUGUAAGGUUUUUCCUUAUGGUUCAGUGGAGCUUUGGAACCGGCAAGGUGACACUUUCAAAGUCAAUGGCCACAGAUUGAAGCAUUACCAAGCUGGAGAUCCCAUUGCUGAGAGAGUUGACAUCAUACUCUCCAUCCCUUCACCUGAGUGA